AUGGCAUCCAAUACAAAGCAGAUGAAACAAGACACCACGCGUGCUAGGAAGAAAAAGCAAGAAGUAAAAACCAAGAAUGGAGACGUAUCCAAAGGAAUAAGUGAUAUGGAAAUACUUGCCAAAGAGAGAAAAUCGUACUUGCAGAAGGAAUACAAGAUUCUCACUGAACAUAUGAACACAUACCUGGGAAGAGUGGCACAUUUCCUGCAGGAAAAUAAAUUUCUAGAAAAGGAAGCCAAACGGAAUCAGGAAGAGAGCAACGCUUACCUCUCUUACAUAACAAAACACAGCCAGAAGUGCCAGAAUAUGAUAACAACAUUAAAUGACCAGAAUCACACUGAUCUGUCUCAAGUUUGGAUGCAGAAAGAGAAACUAAUCUCACAGUACACAGAAAAGGAGAAGGAGGUAAGGAGCGCUCUGAUGAAUAUGGAGACAAAGUACUCUCUUAUGAACAAGGAGGUUGAAGAUCUGCAGGCUUUCAAGUAUCCAUGUCUUCAGCUGGAACAGACGAAAAAAAUUAAAGAGCUAGAGAAGGAACUGUCGGUCACUAAGAUACAGCAUUCAGAUGAAAUGCACAAAAUCAAGAGCAGAUUUCUUCAGGCCAAGGCUGACUGUGAGAUGGACUUUCAUGAGAAGAUCCAGAUUCUCACCACAAGAGCAGAAGAAGCAGCGAUACAAUCUCUAAUCCAGUAUAUCAAACAAGUAAAAGCAGAGAAUUGGCAUCUGCGCCAGGAAUUGCUCAGACUCAUCCAAUACUCAAAAAUCCUUAAAGAAACCAAAGUUCAACUGAGAGAGCAGCAGCAACAGCUUCUUCGGGAGAACCAAUACAUUCAGGACAUGGCACACAUGCGCCACUGGUUACGCCAGCAUGAGGCACAUAGUGCAAACUGUGAAACCUACAGCUCUCACAGCCCACUCAGAUAUGUCCAUUAA